ACAGCAAGUCACUUAGUUUUUUUUCCUCGCUGUCAUUGAGGAUGAAAGAGACAGAACUAGUGGCUUUAGGCUUAGCUUUGCAUCUGCUGGGCUUUGAAGCAUGUACCUAUCAUAUGGCUUCUGAGAUAGAGCUCCGGCGAGGCUUGAGGAGAUGGAGCUUGGGCAUGUUCAUCGGGAUGCUACCCGGCAUGGUUCAUCGGAGGCGUUGCUCGGGCAUGGUUCAUCGGAGAUGCUGCUCUGGCAUGGUUUAUUGGGACGCUGCCCGGCAUAGUUCAUCGAGAAGCUGUCCGACAUGGUUCAUCGGGAAGCUGCCCAGCAUGGUUCAUCGGGACGCUGCCCGGCCGUUGUUCUACAUGUCGGAUUGACACACGAAGGUGUCAUUGAGGAAGGCCUGCGACAGAAAAGAAAGGUGGUGGAGAUUGAGGGAAGGAGCUCUUAUAUAGUGAGCACUAACAACAUCCGAGCUCUGGAGUUCAACUUAAAUUUUAGGGCUAGGCACGGUCCCAGAUCGGCACUGCAUUUACAAGGACCGGGACCGGGACUGGCAGAGGAAUUUCAAGCCAGGCUUCGACUUGCUGGAAACAGGGAUCGUCCUAAACCCAGACCGAGACUAAACGGUCCAGUUUGUCCGGGUUUUCAGUUCUAUAUCGUUGAUUUCUUCAUCCCCAAAGACGACACCGAUUCGAAAAUUUCUUUUCACAAUACUAACCUAGAAUCUUUGUUUUACAACAAUUCAAAACUUAAUACAUAUAGAUCAACCCAAAAACUAUAG